CUCUGCGCAGGCUUAUUCGUCUUUUGUGCUGCGCCUGACGGUACCUGGAGCAGCUCCCUUUUUCCAUCUCCACCUCUUUUCUCAUUCCCCUUUUUCCCUUGAACCCCUUCCCCCAACCCUGUUACCCUCGGCAAUGAGGAGUCCCUUGGAGCACUGAAGAGGAGUAAGAAAAGCUUGCUUGGUGUGCCUGUGUGGGGCUGCUACCUUAUCUCCCGCUCCCCUCCUUUGAGGGGAGCCUAGCCGCCGAGUAGCCUCCUGCUUGUCCAGCUGUUGUAAGCAAGAGUGGUGGCUGUGUUGUGGCAGGCGGCAGGAUGACUGACACCCGGCGGAGGGUGAAGGUUUACACGCUAAAUGAAGACCGCCAGUGGGACGAUCGAGGCACAGGGCAUGUGUCCUCUUGCUACGUGGAGAGGCUCAAGGGCAUGUCCCUGCUAGUCAGGGCAGAGAGUGAUGGUUCUCUUCUUCUGGAGUCGAAAAUUAACCCUAACACUGCGUACCAGAAGCAACAGGAUACCUUGAUUGUGUGGUCUGAAGCUGAAAAUUAUGAUUUGGCACUUAGCUUUCAAGAAAAAGCAGGAUGUGAUGAAAUAUGGGAAAAAAUAUGUCAGGUUCAAGGGAAAGACCCUUCUGUCGAUAUUACUCAGGACCUUGUCGAUGAAUCUGAGGAAGAGCGUUUUGAUGACAUGUCAUCACCAGGUCUAGAAUUGCCAUCCUGUGAAUUAAGCCGGCUAGAAGAAAUUGCAGAACUUGUGGCAUCUUCACUGCCUUCACCAUUACGUCGUGAAAAACUCGCACUAGCACUGGAAAAUGAGGGCUAUAUUAAGAAGCUCUUAGAAAUCUUUCAUGUGUGCGAAGACUUGGAGAACAUUGAAGGACUACACCACUUAUAUGAAAUUAUCAAGGGAAUUUUCCUUUUGAACAGAACUGCACUAUUUGAAGUCAUGUUUUCUGAGGAAUGUAUAAUGGACGUAAUUGGAUGCCUAGAAUAUGAUCCAUCUUUAUCACAGUCACGGAAACACAGGGAAUUUCUGACUAAAACAGCAAAAUUUAAAGAGGUGAUACCUAUAUCUGAUCCAGAGCUGAAGCAAAAAAUACAUCAGACAUACAGAGUACAGUAUAUUCAAGAUAUGGUCCUACCCACUCCCUCAGUUUUUGAGGAGAAUAUGCUAUCAACACUUCAUUCUUUCAUCUUUUUUAAUAAAGUGGAAAUAGUUGGUAUGUUACAGGAAGAUGAAAAAUUUCUGACAGACUUGUUUGCACAGCUAACAGAUGAAGCCACAGAUGAGGAGAAAAGACAGGAAUUGGUAAACUUUCUGAAAGAGUUUUGUGCAUUCUCUCAAACACUGCAACCUCAAAACAGAGAUGCAUUUUUCAAAACCUUGUCAAAUAUGGGCAUACUGCCAGCACUAGAAGUUAUAUUGGGGAUGGAUGAUGCACAAGUACGAAGUGCAGCCACUGAUAUAUUCUCAUAUUUGGUUGAAUACAACCCAUCCAUGGUACGAGAGUUCGUCAUGCAGGAAGCGCAGCAGAAUGAUGAUGAUAUAUUACUCAUCAACCUCAUUAUAGAACAUAUGAUUUGUGACACAGAUCCAGAACUCGGAGGGGCAGUGCUACUAAUGGGUUUGCUUCGUACUUUAGUUGAUCCAGAAAAUAUGCUUGCCACUGCCAAUAAAACAGAAAAGACAGAGUUCUUGGGUUUCUUCUACAAACAUUGUAUGCAUGUUCUGACAGCGCCUUUACUGGCCAAUACUACAGAGGACAAGCCUAGCAAAGAUGAUUUUCAGACAGCCCAACUCUUGGCAUUAAUACUGGAAUUGCUAACUUUCUGUGUAGAACAUCAUACUUAUCACAUAAAGAACUACAUCAUAAACAAAGAUAUCCUGCGAAGGGUACUCGUUCUCAUGGCCUCAAAGCAUGCUUUCUUGGCAUUGUGUGCCCUUCGUUUCAAAAGAAAGAUAAUUGGGCUAAAGGAUGAAUUCUACAACCGUUACAUAAUGAAAAGUUUUUUAUUUGAACCUGUGGUCAAAGCAUUUCUAAAUAAUGGUUCCCGUUAUAAUCUGAUGAACUCUGCCAUAAUAGAGAUGUUUGAAUUUAUCAGAGUGGAAGAUAUAAAAUCGUUAACGGCUCAUGUAAUUGAAAAUUACUGGAAGGCACUGGAAGAUGUAGACUAUGUGCAGACAUUCAAAGGACUGAAACUACGAUUUGAGCAACAAAGGGAAAGACAAGAUAAUCCAAAACUUGACAGCAUGCGGUCCAUUUUGAGAAACCAUAGAUACAGAAGGGAUGCAAGAACCCUGGAGGAUGAGGAGGAAAUGUGGUUUAAUACUGAUGAAGAUGAUAUGGAAGAUGGAGAGGCAGUGGUGCCCCCUUCUGACAAAACUAAAAAUGAUGAAGAUAUUAUAGACCCUAUCAGUAAAUUCAUGGAAAGGAAAAAAUUAAAAGAGAGUGAAGAAAAGGAAGUUCUUCUGAAAACUAACCUUUCAGGUCGUCAGAGCCCAAGUUUCAAGCUUUCCUUUUCCAGUGGUACAAAAUCUAACCUUACCAGCCAGUCAUCUGCAAGUAAUCUGCCUGGGUCCCCAGGGUCACCUGGGUCCCCAGGGUCGCCUGGAUCUCCAGGAUCAGUUUCUAAAAGCACAUCUCAGAUGGCAGCUAUCACAACUAAGGGAGGCCUUGUCGGGCUUGUAGAUUAUCCUGAUGAUGAUGAAGAGGAUGAUGAAGAUGAAGAUAAAGAGGAAACUUUACCUUUAUCAAAGAAAGCAAAGCUUGAGUCGUCAUAAUGGCAACUGCGGAAGAACAUUACUAGUUGGGGGAAGGAUCUUUUAUCCAAAAAAAAAAAACAAAACCACAGCAAAGCAGCAAUCUUUUGUGAACUACUGUGUGUGACACAGAUCAACCUAUACAAAUGGAUUUCUGCCAAUCAAGUGCCAAUUCAAAGGAGCAGAAGGAGGGGAAAUAUUUCAUUUAGGGGAAAGACUUACGCCUUUGAGCUCUCCAGCUUGGACCACAUGUUGCCCUUUUCUCAGGGAAGGAAAUGGAAAACAAAACAAAAACAAAAAAAGCCAACAGGGCAGGACUUUUGUUAGUGGAACUCCGGAUUGGCUGGUCAGUUGCUACAAUCAGAAUAUGCUUGGACCAUGUAUGAGACUUCUGAAGAAGAGGCAUUUUUUUUGCCCUAAUUCUUCACUAGUUAAGAAUGCCAGCAGUUUCUUUGUAUAAAAGAGACCUGCCUUUGAAAUCAUACAUUCUGAACAUUUUACUCAAGCUACAACAGGUUUUAAAAACCUCUAUGGGGGAGGGCCGAAUAUAAAGUUUCCUCUUUUUUUUUUUUUUUUUAAAUCUGUUCCCUUUGCCCUUUAAACUGCAGAAUUUUUUUUGGAGGUGAGGGAUUUGUUUGUCCCUUCUUGAUUAAAGAUUGAGUGGAAUUCUAGAUGUGGUCACUUUUGUGUCAGAUUUUUUUUUUUUGCCCCCCUGAGUGUAUGCUUAGUUGUUGAGUAUAUAUUUGGGACCAUUAAAAUUUUUUGAUGUAAUAUAA